GAGGAGACACAGUAGGAGGUGGGGUCUAGCCAGGGUUUAUAUCCUCAGCCUCUCUCCCUCCUUCAGUCUAUCACUCCAUCCGUCCUGCUGUCAGAGAUCUUCUGCCUGCGUUCUCCCAGAGUCAACAUGAGAGUUGUGGUUUUUCUGUGUGUGUUGGGGGUUGCCUUGGCCCAGGACAUUAAAUACUCCUGGAAUGGCCCUUCAGCUCCUACCCCAUUGGACCCGAACACAGAGAACGUGUGCCUGACGGACCAGUCAUCCUGCGGCUGCUGUCUGAUGCAGAAACAGAUGGCCAAGAUGGAGCAGUUCUUCAACAUGUCCCUGAACGAGCUGGAGAAGGGCCUGGUCAAAACUCAGAACGUCCUCAACAACAUCCGCGCAAGCCGCAGUGCCUUUUCCGUGGCUCUCACCGACACCCGCCAGUGUGUGGGCCCCAACCGUGACGCGAUGACUCUCGUCUACACCCACAUUUUCAUCAACCUGGGCAACGGCUACAACGUCAACACCGGCGUGUUCACCGUGCCUCGUUCCGGCGUCUACAGCCUGGCCCUCACUGCCUACAGCGACGCAGGAGCUGCCGGUGCCAGUCUGGCCGACUGCGUGAGCCUGAGGGUGAACGGGCAGCAGGUGGCGGCGCUCAGCGAGACCAACAUGCAGGACCAGGAGGACAGCGCCACCGUGGUGCUCGCCGUCCAGCUGAGCGCGGGAGACACGGUGUCCGUCACACUGCCCGCCGGCUGCUACCUGUGUGACAACGAUAACCACUACAACACCUUCACCGGCUUCCUGCUCUACGCCACCGACUAAGAGAGCCGAGCGCCCAGGGGACUUCCUGUACUACCUACAUCCACCUUAGUCUCUUGUGUCCCCUGUAAGGAAGCUCCGCCCAGUUCAGCAUCUGCAGGAAGCUAGAGGGUCUAGGGAACUAGAACUGUUAUCAUCUGUAUUGCUUCUUUGUGACUGUGGUGGGGGAGUCCCAGCUAAAGUGAAUAUGAGAGCCUCCCCACUCCCCCCCUCACCCACACACACACACUCCUCCAGCCCUAUAGGAACUGAGAUGCCCCCCUCCCCUAUCCUGAUUUAUCACCUUGCAGAGGAUCUUUGUUGAGGGAAAAUCCUGUUACCUUCCCACUCAAUACUGCUCUCAUUUCAAAUGUAACAAAACAAGUCAAAUUGCAUGUGUUCAAAAUUUCUGAAAAUAAAAUUUUGAUUAUUCGACAAUUA